UUCAGAUCAGACACCUCGCUCGUUCUGUUUCCCCAAAUCCCCACACCCCACUCUUCACUCCCGUGGUAAGCUAGGGUUCUCCUCGUCCCCGGCGGCAGGAUGGGCGGCGGCGCGGCGGGCCAUCGCCGCCCCUCCCAUGGAUCCGGCCGUCCUUGAGCACCGGCGCGAGCCCCGUGCUCGUCUGCUUCCGCCGCGGCACGGCCUGCAGGAGACGGCAACGCUGCCGAUCCCCAACGAGCUCGUGGCGGAGAUCUUCCUCCGGCUGCCCACCCCAGCCGAUCUGGUCCGCGCCUCCGCCGCCUGCGCCUCGUUCUACCGUCUCGUCGCCAGCCGCACCUUCCUCCGGCGUUUCCGCAAGCUCCACCGCCCGCCCCUCCUCGGCUUCGUCGAUGGCCGAAUCUUCCACCCCGUGAUCCCGCCUUAUCCUUCCGCCCCCGCAGCCAACGCCGUCGCCCUCGCCGCCGACUUCUCCUUCUCCUUCCUACCCGGCCCCGCCCGCGACUGGGAGGUCCUGGACAUCCGCGACGGCCGCGUCCUCCUUAAGAGGCCCGGCCGGCAGUACCAUGAAAUGGUGGUGUGUGACCCCUUGUACCGGCGGUACCUCCUGCUUCCCCCAUUCCCCGACGAGCAAGCCGCUUCAUUGGAGGACCCAUCCACGAUAAAAUGGUACGAAACCUUCCUUGUACCAGCCGGCGACGAGGAGGCAGCAACUGUGGAAGAGACGUCAUUCAGAGUUAUCUGGAUGGCGCAGUGCAAAUUCAGACUGUUCACCUUUGUCUUCUCUUCUAGCACUGGACAAUGGGGAGUUGUUCCAUCCCCGAGUUGGAGUGAUUUAUUUGCUGGCUUGCCAAGUUUGGAGAUGGCUACACCUCUCAACACACGCCAGUAUGCGUAUGGCUGCUUUUACUGGAUGGCGGGCUACAUGGCAGAAGCUAAAAUGCUGGUGCUGGACACCCGGAGGAUGGAGUUCUCCAUUGCUGAACCCCCACCUGACGGUUUCGCUAUGGCCAUGGUGGAGGCUGGGGAAGGCAGGCCUGGGGUGUUCGUGAAUCCUCAUGGGGGAUCCAAGUUCCGUUAUAGCACUAUGCAAAAUGAUGGUGGGAGUUUGAGCCAGUGGCAGGAGGAGAAAACAAUAUCAUUGGGUUAUGGGUACUACAUCAUUGGUUCAACGGAGAGGUACUUGUUCUUGUAUCAGCUGCAGAGCCCAUUACCUAAUCCAGGUGUUUUCACGCUGGAUGUCCAAACAUUCCAGCUCGAGAGAGUGUGUGAUCAACACUUGGGCCACGCAUAUAGCAACUUCCCACCAUCGUUGUUGUCGUCACCGACAGUAUCAAGCGGUGUUGAGAAAGGGGUGGAAUAGCGGGCGCUGGAACAAGGCUGCGCUGUAAGCUCAAGCGCAUAGCCGCCAUGGUCAGAAUAGUGUUGGUGUGAAUGCUGGAGCCUGGAGGUCAGGCUAAUGUUUUGGAGGAUUGAAGAUGGUGCGAGGUUAUCACGCAACUCAAAAGUUGGCCACUAAGUUGGUCCGCUUUGGUCCAUAAUAUGGUCAUCCAAGAAUAGAACUUGGGAGUGUUCAGCUUGUGUGCCUUGUUUGAUCUGACAAUGAUUGCUGCAUUUGUCAUGAUAAGGUGGUGAUAGCAUGGAUGAUGUUUAGUUUCUUCGUAAUCAUUAGGUUAACUAAGACUCUGUGAGAAGUCAAAGUAAAUGUUGGUCAGGUUGUAUGUAUGUCUACAACUCCAAGUUGGUGGAAUGGAGUUUGUCAGGUGGUCAGGGUUAAUAAGGAGAUGACGAGGAGGAUCCAUCUGUUAAUAAUCUA